AGCGAGCUUUCGUUCGCGCGCUGGGCAUUCGCAUUCGCUCUCGUCACCAGCUUGUUCUUCACGUGGGGUUUCGCGUACGGGCUUCUCGAUGUCCUCAACUCCCACUUUCAAACUGUCUUCGGUAUCUCGAAGCUCCAGAGUACGCUCUUGCAACUUGCUUAUUUUGUACGGAUCAUCGUACUUUGUGUGGGCGCCAUUCGCGGGAAUAUGAGACGCUACGGUUAUAAAAAAGGCAUCCACUUAGGUCUUACCUUGUACUCAUUAGGUGCCGUUUUCUUUUGGCCCUCUGCCAAAUUUGAGAAGUAUGGCGGCUUCGUCGGAUCUACAUUCGUCAUCGGAUGUGGAUUGGCCACACUUGAAGUCGCAGCCAAUUCGUACAUAUCUGUACUCGGCACGCCUCAAUAUGCGGCGAUGCGGCUGAACUUUAGCCAAGGCUUCCAGGGACUCGCUUCGUUUGCCGGUCCUCUGAUUGCCUCGACAUACUUCUUCAAGGGAAAGAACGCGAACUCACUUACGAACGUUCAAUGGGUAUACCUCGCGGUCGCUGCAUUAGGGCUGGUCCUGAACAUUCUAUUCUUCUUCUGCGAUCUACCUGAAAUCACCGAAGAAGCUCUCGAAAAGGAGAUCGAGGAUGCUGGGCUCGUCGAAGACGACAUUGGUCCCUUCUGGAAACAAUAUAGGUGUAUCUUUGGCUUCGUAGCUCAGAUGGCGUACUGCGGAGCACAGAUUACUGUCGCAUCAUUUGUAGUCAAUUACCUUACUGAACAAGGCGUGGGCAUAGACCACUCCAGGGCCAGCUUGAUGUUCUCAUUUUGUCAGCUCACGUUCACUGGCGGGAGAUUUAUAGGAGUCGUCCUGCUCAAGUGGCUCGAUCCUGCUCUCGUGCUCAGCGCUUAUGGCAUUGCGUGCUGCGCGUUCUGUCUUGGCGUUGCUCUUGCGGGAGGCAACGGGGGUAUCGCUUGCUUGUUCCUCUUGUUCUUCUUCGAAAGUAUCUGUUAUCCGUGCAUCUUCACUCUGGGAACGAAGAAUCUGGGGGUCCAUACCAAGCGUGGUUCUGGCCUCAUCGUCAUGGGCGUGGGAGGGGGUGCAUGGUACCCGCCAGCACAAGGCGCUCUGGCUGACAAGACCUUCACGCGUCAUUCAUAUCUCGUCCCAUUCUCCGGCUACGUCGCCAUGUCUGCCUACGCCAUGUACGUCCCUUCGCUACCCACAGACAGCGGCGAUGCUGACCGCAAGGCGUUUGCGAAAUAG